AAAUUUAGAGGUAAUCAUAGUUACCAUUAAAAUUCAUUGUAUUUUAAUAAUCAUGAAUUCAUCCGUAAUAUUGUUAAUAAGUUUGUUAACACUUUCUGUAGUCCUAUGUAUGUCAGUGCCUCAUAACGAGUCACUGUCGACAUCAGUCAACGCUAAGGCCUGUCAAAUAAAUCAAACUUUUGGUUAUGUAUUAUUAGCCGUCCAAUGGGUGCCCACUUUCUGUAACAAUACCCGAUGUGGUAGCCGUAACCGUAACUCGUGGACAGUUCACGGUGCGUGGCCGCAACACACCAACAAUUCAUGGCCACAAUAUUGUUGCUUUGAAAGUACGUUUAAUGUUUCAAAAAUCAAAUCACUAGAAAGUCAAUUGAUCCAAAAAUGGCCGACUCUUAAGGAGAAUGGCAAACAUGAAGACUUCUGGAAACAUGAGUGGACCAAACACGGCACCUGUGCUAUGAAUAGCGACAAAUUGAAGGGACAUUUCAACUAUUUUAAUCAUACUUUACAUCUUUACGACUCAUUUCCACUUCAGUCAUGGCUUCAGAGCUCUAAUAUUAAGGCAUCCAAUACCACGACCUACUCAUUGAUUAACAUUCAUAAUGCAGUGGAAAGCCGUUUGGGAGCUAAAGUCGAAUUGGAGUGUCUGUCCAAAAAACCAUACCCUUUAUUACAACAUAUCUACAUAUGUCUCAAUAGACUAACACUAAAACCUCAAGAUUGUAAUCGUCCCGAUGAUAAACAAUGCGGAAUAACAUCUGUAAAAUUACCCCUCGCUUAA